AUGCCCGCCCCAACCCUCGUCUCCCCUCCGCCCUCGCUGCGCAUCAUCCCCGAGCCCCUCACGGCCGACGCCUUCGCCCCCUUCGGCACCGUCAUCUCCAGCCCUCUGCCUCGCGACCUGUCCGCCGCGCCACGAGCCAGCGCCCUCGCCUCGCUGCCUCUGCCACACUCGCUGGCCGCGCCCCCCGUGCUCGCGAACCAGGGCUCCGCGCUGAAAUACAGUCCCAUCUCGCCGCUCGAGAAUGGCUACGAGGCGUGUCCGAGUGGGAAACGCGCCCAGGCGCGCAUGAGCAUGUUCUCGUGCUUUCCGCGGAAGUUGAGGAGGGAGUCUAUCAGGAACAGAAACAGAAACAGAAGCAGCAGAAGUACAAGCAUGAGCACAAGCAGCAGGCAUGGAGGAGGAGGAGGAGCAGAAGAGUACCUCACAGAGGAUAUUGCCGUUGGUGUUGGUGGUGGAGGGAGCUCAUCUUCUUUUUCUACUCCCGUCUUCGACGUGCGCAUCCUCGAACGCCACCCCUUCACAACCCAGACGUUUAUCCCCAUCGACCUGUCGAGUCAGAGGCGGGUUGUUCGCGAUAGUGGCAGUUACAGCGACGGAGACAGCGGCAGCGGCAGCAGCAGCGUUCGUGGAAAAGCGUCCUUCGACGACGGCAGCGGCCACAGCGACAUCCUGCUCGAAGAGGAGGUGCCGGAAGAAGACGAACCGGUGUUUCUCGUCCUGGUUGCGCCGACGCUCAAGGGCCAGACUGCCGCUGCGACAGUUACUAGUUCUGCGUCAUCGUCGCCGUCUGGCGACAACAAUGAUACUGAUGAUCGCAAGAAGCGCGUGCACAUCCGCGAUCCUCCCGAUCUAGAGAACCUCAGGGCCUUCAUCGCUCGCGGCGGCCAGGCCGUCACCUACGCCGCGGGCACGUGGCACGCCCCGAUGGUGGUACUCGGGCGCCGCCGCGUCGACUUUGUCGUCGUGCAGUUUGUGAAUGGCGUCGAGGAGGAGGACUGCCAGGAGGCGGCGUUUGCGGAGGGGAUAGUCGUUGAUUUGGCGAGUUUGGAGAAUGUAGAGACGGGGGAGGAUUUGACUGGGUUGUUGGGGAGGAGGGCGAAGUUGUAA